GUUUUCGAAAAGAAAAAGACAUGCAGAUUGUGUGAGUGAGUAGUAGUAACAGGAAAAAUAAUACACUUUGACGAUGUAAUGCCCUUACGGUUGUUGUAAGUAUGUUGAAAAGCUUUCCACCAACGACUUAUUUCCAUCCCAUCACGCAGGGCGAUGUAAAAAAGCGACCCCUUGUAGGAAUUUUUCGUAAAGAAGUAGAAAACAAGUAGGCAUAGUAUGCCGGAAAUGGAAGUUAGUACCAAGGAAUAAACUUGAAAUAAGCCGAGGACUUCCCUCGAAGACGACCACCCCGCCAAGUUGUGAAGCUAAAGUGUACAACAACCCAGGUUACUCAGCAGAGCAAUUUUUUCCCGACCACCAGGAUAGGUGCUUACAACAGAACUCCUGAUUAUAGAUUGUCAUUUCCAGCACAUCAGCAUCGUUUCUCGUUUUCUGUGGAACAUCAAAACUACCCCAGCAGAAUCAAUCAUGAGCGCCGUCGUCGGCACAAGCGUCCAGGCAGCGGCGCGACGAGUCCUCGGGCGACACGGCGCUGCGACAUCGUCUCUGGUGACAGUUGGAACUGCGGGGACAAGCAGCUCUUCGUCCAGUAGUAGAGUCCGUCCUCAAGAACACGUCGCAGCCUGGUCGGCUAUUGAAAACUUUUUUUCCAGAAACUACAACCCUAGAAGUUGUAGUACAACUAGUACCGCGACUAGUUGUACAAGAACCUCCUCCUCGGCCGUGGUCCACCAGCAAGAAUGUUGUUCGACUGUCGUCCCCGCAGCGACAGGCCCAGUUUCGCGGCUUUAUUUCACCCCACCUACUAGAACUGGCACGACGACGAGAACCGCGACGACAAGGGCUUCGAGUUCUCGCAGCUUCGCCUCGAGUUCUAGCGAGGACCCCUGCUCCUUUGUUAAUGUAGUUCCCCCAGUUGUAUUAGCUGCUGCUCAGGAAGCUCAUCCUAUACAUGAAGCUCAUAAUAGAACACUAGUUCGGCAGGAGCUCCUUCAGUGCGCGCUUUCUUGGGAACGAGACAGGUUAAAAACUAGGAGGGGGGUGAUGAGUAGCGGCAGCAGACCCUUCUCAACAACAACGAGCACAACAACACCCCUUGCUGCGGGAGCUCCUCCGGCCGCGGCUCCAUCACCUUCAGGUAGAAGUUCCGCGGGGCCCGCGCUCGGCGGCGGCGGUUCGUCGUCUACUUCCAUGAAGAAAAAGCAGAUUAUGACGGUCACAGACAAGGCCAGCGAGCGGAUCGGCGAGUUGAUGGAACUCGACGCCACCUGCAAGGGCAUUCGGAUCUCCCUGCGACAGCGAGGCUGCAGCGGCAUGAGCUACGUCAUGGACUUUCAAAAAGUACUUGUAUAUUCAUGGUGAUCUUUUUAAACCUGAUGCACGACGGAUGGAUCAGGAGGCUGAUGUGUUUCUGUUUUAGUAUUACGCUGAUGAAACUACAGGGAAUUUCCGAACUUGCGAACCUGUACUAGAGAUAUGAUUUUUACUAGCUGCUGGCGCGUGCGCGGCGCUGCGGGACGGCAAUAAUUCAAGUUGAAGUAGAAUCCGAACAAGUGCAGAUGAAAAUGCAUUACACAAUUCAUGACAAAUUCCAUCCUGAACAAUAAAGAAGUACACGACACCACAGGACGCCCCUGGGAAGUUUGACGAGGUGAUCGACUUCAGUGACGCUCUCGGCCGCGCCGGGCGGGUGGUGGUGGACGGAAAGGCGGUGCUUUUUUUGGUCGGAACGGAGAUGGACUACGUGGAGGUCGAAAUGGGGUCGGAAUUUGUCUUCAACAAUCCCAUAUCAAAUGCAAAAAUGUCUGGGUCUGGAAGAUUGGAACUUGUGAUGCAUGUUGCGCAUCAUACAAAAAUCUGUGUUGCGUGACUUGCAAAAGGUGCCCAUUUCUGGCCAUGCUGAGUGGGCAUUUCUCAUGCAGAACAGGCAUCACAGAGGGGCUACAGGUCCUGUGAUGCUAGGCCCUGCAUUCCAGACUUAGUGCAGGUUAGAGAAACUGCAUGAGAAAUAUCGGAAUCUUCCAGACCCAGACAUUUUUGCAUUUGAUAUCCCAACCAAAAGUCCAGUUGCGGCUGCGGGCAGAGCUUCAAUGUGUAGGAGUAGACCUAGACCUACGUGCAGCAGCAGUAGCACGACGAAGACGACUGACUGCUGGGGCCGGACGUUGAGGACAAAGUUGUGUACAACGUUAGUAGUGCGAGCAGGAGGACUCAGCUCCACCCCUUCCGUCGCCCCCGAUUACUUACCCGCGGUCGCCGACUUUUAUUUACCCGCGGGCUUCGUGUAAGCAAGUAAGUAAGUAAGUAAGUACCUAGUUGUCUUCGGGCAGCGCAGCUACUCAGCCUACUGGAGUUUCAUCACCCAAGAUGGACCGACAUCGCACGACAUCGGGAGCACCACGGGAAGGCCGCGUCGCGUGCGUCGUGGGGCGCUUUUCUCCUGCGGGGACAGAGAUCCUCGGUUGAGGAGGUGGUGAAGUAGAGAAAAUCGGGUGAGCAGGCGACGGCACUGCACGUGUGUCAGCAGAAGUGUCGGAAGUCCUACACGCUCGGGGUCCAGUACCUCCCUGAAAAUGAUUUUAGUAUCUUGAUGCCCCCUUCAGUUCUUCACCCCGCCCACGACGGACCUGCUGGAUGGUCACAGCGAGCACGAUGUUGACCCUAUAAACGUAGGAACAGCGAUCGCGAUUAUAUUCAUGUUGUAGUAGACUGUCUGGUGGUGUGGGCUAGUAGUGCUGCGACAGAAGAUGAACAAACGACAAGGAUUUAAAUUGAAUUCUCUUCACCUAAUACGGUCACACGAGGACGAUACGACGCCGACAGUUCACACAGGACAAUACGACUUUCGUUUUGCUUCGCAAAACGAAAAGCGCAGCGAUUGAUUGCCGUAUCGCCUGACCGGUGGCGGAGUUCAUAACGUUCCCCAGUUGUACGGUGGAAGAGGAUAAAUCUAUCGCGAUCUAAAGACUAUGCUGUUCGCUCGUCUCGCUCUUUUAGCUGCCGUGAGUGUCGAGUGUGAGAUGUCGCGUAGUCGGAACUGUCCCCUGCACGGAGUGAAAUUGUGUCCGUAAAAACAUGAGGAUGAUCGUAAUUUUGUGUAAAACGAUAGUCACAACAAGACCUUGUUUGCCAUCGUUGAAGCCUGCUCCUGAGGGCUUCCGAGAGUCAAAAUGUCAAAAUCCUUUGUGCGAUUUGAACACGACGUUUUCGAUAAAAUGAAAAUUCC